GCGACUGUUUUUUAGGUCAGAUGUAGUCAGUCUGCAACGGGCGAAGGGCACAAGUGCGUUACGUGAAUCCUAAAAGUGCCUCUGGUUGGUUCAAGGCUUCAAUUAGUGUUUUAUCUGGUGUUCAACCGAAACAGGUAACGCGAUAUUUUAAGUAACGUCAACGUUAGUGAAACGAGAGCAGCUGCAGACUCAGUGAAUGUGAUAAUUUGAAGCUACUGUUUUGGACAGACCCUCCACUUGUGUGCCUCUGACAGCUUUGAUUAUCUUUCAUGGAUGUGGCAGAUUCCUGAGCAGGAAGGAUGACAUCAGAGGCUGCGGUCUCCACAUCUCCUGCCAUAACCAGCAGCAAACCUGCAAAGAGGGACUACUACUUCCUUCGCUCCUUUGCAGCUGGAGGUGUUGCAGGAUGCUGUGCCAAGAGUACCAUUGCUCCUCUGGACAGAAUAAAGAUUCUUCUCCAAGCCCAGAACCCCCACUACAAACAUCUAGGAGUGUUUUCCACUCUUAAAGCUGUGCCACAGAAAGAAGGCUUCCUUGGCUUGUACAAGGGUAACGGGGCAAUGAUGGUCAGGAUAUUUCCUUAUGGAGCCAUCCAGUUCAUGGCCUUCGACAAGUAUAAAAAGCUUCUAAGUAAACAGAUUGGGAUCUCUGGACACAUCCACCGCCUCAUGGCGGGAUCACUGGCAGGGAUGACUGCGGUGAUAUGCACCUACCCUCUGGAUGUGAUCCGAGCCAGACUGGCCUUCCAGGUGACAGGAGAUCAUCGCUACACUGGAAUCGCCAAUGCCUUCCACACCAUCUACCUUAAGGAGGGGGGCGUCUUGGGCUUCUAUAGGGGACUCGUUCCAACACUUAUUGGGAUGGCCCCUUAUGCAGGUUUCUCAUUCUUCACCUUUGGCACCCUGAAGAGCCUCGGCUUGAAACAUUUCCCAGAGCAGCUGGGACGCCCCUCCUCAGACAACCCUAAUGUCCACAUUCUGAAAACACACGUUAACCUGCUCUGUGGAGGGGUUGCCGGUGCCAUCGCUCAGACAAUAUCGUACCCCUUGGAUGUGGCUAGGAGAAGAAUGCAGUUAGGGUCCGUGCUCCCUGACUCUGAGAAAUGUGUAUCACUGAGCAAGACCCUGAAGUACGUGUAUAAUGAGUACGGGGUCAAGAAGGGAUUGUACCGAGGCCUUUCUCUCAACUACAUCCGCUGUGUCCCCUCCCAGGCCGUCGCCUUCACCACCUAUGAGUUCAUGAAGCAGACCCUCCACCUGAACUAGUCGCUGUUUUCAUAACCUCAGAGUUGAACCUGGGCCUGUCCGCUCCGAGUCAUUAAGCAGAUCAACCUAAAUGCUUCCAAUCGUAGAGUAAUCGGAUGCUCACUCGCUAUAUGUCUUAAACUCUUCGGUGUGGGAAUCACCUGGGAGGUCAGUAAACGCUGAAGAAGGAAACGGGAUAUCUGGCAGUAAGGGACUCCGUGUCUGUCCUAUUUCAUUCCUUCUUACUUCCUGCUUUUGUGUGCCGACACAAAAACACACGACAUGUGGCCUCAUUCACACAGAAGUGGUUUAAAGAUGGACUCCAGCUUAAAAUGAUCAAAUUUGCGGUGUCUUUCUCAACAGAUUCUUUACAAAGAAGGGAACUCGGUGAAAUGCAUUAUCAUACGUUCCUCUUUUUACAGACUUGGUGAUGAAAUGCUUGGCUCUUGUUGAAAUGUGCCUGGAGAUUUAAGUAAUCUGAUGAAUUGUAAUGUUUUGUUUCCUCAGAGCUUAGCGUGUCUUUAAAAUUUAGUGUGCAGGUUUUGGGUGCAAUUACUUUAGAGCGUCUUUCUCUUUGUCCUCUACACAGAUCUUAAAUUAAUUUAAUCAACCUGCAGGUUUUCUUAAAGAUAUGCAGUUACUGAGGUGGCACAUGAUUUCGGUUUAUACAAUUUAAAAUGUUAUUGCCAAACCUUGUAUUAGAGCAGUUUCUGUUUGUGUUUUAUCUGAUGAAAAAACUUUCUUUUUGUGUUAUUGUGCACUCAGAUUAUUUUAGUCUGUAGAUGUAAUAAUAUUGAUUUAUGUACAUCAGCAGUGAUCAGAAAGAUAUUUUGAGUUGAAGGUGUUAUUAUUUUACCAUGAUAUGGAUGUAGGUCUGACAUGUCUGGAGGGACGUAAAGGGACUCAGGAGAAAUUUGCACUUAGUCAAUGUAGCUUUUUCUUCAUUUAUUUAUUGAUUUAAUGUCCUGUUGCCACUGGGUGGCAGCAUUGAAUAUGAAUUGUAUUAUUCACCUUCAGAGCUGGAGACGGCAUUCAUAAGCAUCUCAUACAUCUCUCUACAAAGAAAGUCACCACAUAGUGAGUAUAAUAUACGCAGUGUUUUUAACCCAGUUCAGCCGAAACUUCCAACUACUCACGAGAGCUUCUGUAUGGCUUUUUAAAAUUAUUGCCCCAGAAACGCUCAACGCGAUUUACUGAAUGAAAUAGUAUCUUAACCGCUUUCAAUCUAAAGUGCACCGCUGGCCUUCAUGUUAACGUGAACCUCGUCAGCAUCCUUCUUUUUUCAGCCUCUUGUCUUCCCCUGUGUAAAAUGUCUUACUUCACCGGAGUGAUUAUUGUGUUUUAUGUGAGUUUCUUUAUAUGGUUUCAGUUGAUGUCUCCGCUUUUAAAUCACUGUAUAUGAAAGGCUGGAAUUGCAAAGAGCGGAACCUUUUUGGAUUUGUCUAAAAAUGAAGCAUGUCUAUGUCUAUGUACUCAUCAUAGUUUGCUUAUAUCUACUAACAAGUCAUUUUUUGUCCUCUUAACUUCUCAGAUUGUUUCAUUUGAAUAAUUGCUGCAGGCCCAAAGAGGGAAAUUUACCCAAUAUUUCACAAAAAAAGCUAAAAGGAAAGUCUAAACGCCAAACUGUUCAGAAACCAUCCACUAAUUUUGUCAGAUGGUCCCCCAAAAAUCUAAAAAAGUCUUGCAUACCAGUGGACACCAAACAUAAUGAGGCGACGUCACAUUAAUUAUGUUAUGAUAUUGAAAUAUAUGAGGAAUGCACAUGCACCACUGAACACUCUAAAAUACAUUCACUGUUGGAGGAAGUGGGAUGUGGAAAAGGCUUCAGUCAGUCACCUCUCAGCAGCUCCUCAGUUGGACGUUUGCCACCCAUCAAUCAGAAAAAGAAAAUUGCAGGCCAGUUAGAUUGUGAGCAUGCCUUGUGUGUGCGUGAAGGUGAAGUUAAACAGGGGUACAAGAAUCUCACAACAUAUAAUUCUCCCAAAUUACCUUGGAAAGUGCUUGUGAAUACGACGCCUCUUUGUAAGUCUUGAUUGCCAAGUGUAUGCAACAAUAAAUGAGCCACAGUAUCAAACUGUGCAGGCUUGAGGGUGUAAUCACUCUCACUGGUGAUAAGUGGCAGCUAGAGGAAACAAAAUAUAGUAUUCAGCAACAUUUCGGCAUUUUACGUUGCCACUCAUACAUGUACAGCACUGCUGUGCUUUCAUCCACUGCUCUUUGGAUUUCCAUCUUUGGUUUCAAGUAUAUAAACUUUCACUGUUAGUGCUGUUUUAUUUUUUUAUGUGAACAAAGUCUAUCAAUCCUUCAAGAACAGAUCAGCUCUGUUCCUGCUGCUCACUGUAACAGAGGUUUACUUUAUAGGAAGAUAUUUAUAUAUGUAAAUGACUAAGAGUACGCUGUACUGCUACGUUAGAUGUGACUGAAAGAAAUAUAUAUUUGGAGAAUGAUUUAACAAUGAAAAUGCCUUUUUUGUUUGUCAGUUUCUUUCUCUAUUUGUACAUUUGUUCAUUUUUGCCUGCCUUGCUUUUUACAAGUAGUGUCUGAAUUACAUUACAUG